CCCGCCACUGCUCGCGCGGUGUCCCACGAGGCUCUCUCCGGCCAUCUUCUGAAGCAUUCAGCGGCGGUGGAUGUUCCUCCGACCUCCGGAAAGAUUGUCAGCGGAUGGAUUUGGGUUAGGGAUCCUGCAUUCGGAGGCGUGCGAAACGCGAGCACGGUAACCUUGGGAGAGAAAACUGCCGCGGAAGAGAAAAAACCGGAGACCGGAUCUUCUGGUGGCGGUGUUGGCGCCGGCGGUAAUAAGGACGAGAAAGGAGUCGUCAGUUACUGGGGCGUGCAGCCGAGUAAGAUCGUCAAAGAGGACGGUACAGAAUGGAAAUGGUCUUGCUUCAGGCCAUGGGAGACGUACAAAGCCGAUACGUCGAUAGAUCUGAAGAAGCAUCAUGCUCCAAGGACGUUCAUGGAUAAACUUGCUUAUUGGACUGUCAAAUCUCUCCGAUGGCCUACUGAUCUCUUCUUCCAGAGGAGAUACGGAUGCCGAGCCAUGAUGCUGGAGACGGUGGCUGCGGUACCCGGAAUGGUCGGGGGAAUGCUUCUGCACUGCAAAUCCCUGAGACGGUUCGAACACAGCGGAGGAUGGAUCAAAGCCCUACUGGAAGAAGCAGAGAACGAGAGAAUGCACCUCAUGACUUUCAUGGAAGUCGCCAAGCCCAGAUGGUACGAGAGAGCCCUCGUUAUUACUGUCCAAGGCGUCUUCUUCAACGCCUACUUCCUCGGAUACUUGAUCUCCCCAAAGUUCGCUCACCGCAUGGUUGGAUACCUUGAGGAAGAAGCAAUUCACUCGUACACAGAGUUCCUCAAGGAACUCGACAAGGGAAACAUCAAGAACGUGCCUGCUCCGGCCAUAGCCAUCGACUACUGGAGGCUUCCUGCCGAUGCAACUCUCCGUGAUGUGGUUAUGGUCGUCAGGGCCGAUGAAGCUCACCACCGUGACGUCAACCACUUCGCAUCGGACAUACACUACCAAGGUCGCGAGCUGAAGGAAGCUCCUGCUCCGAUUGGGUAUCACUGAUUCUUCGGUCUUACGUUGAAGAACACGUUCUAAUUCUUCGUACUACAAUGAUUUUGUGUGUGCGCGUGUGUGAGCUUCUGUAUAUACAAUCUACCAUUACACUUUUAUGGCUUCGGAAUAAUAUCUUGGUGGCUACUGCUUCGGGUUU